AUGGAGGCUGUGAAUGUGAAUUCACCACAGGCAUUUGGAAACUCUUAUCUGUCUUCAAGUCACAGCAUUUCAGACGAAUUGAAAGAAACGAUUAAACGGAUCAACAUAGAUUUUCCACAAACUGAGCCAACACAGCUCCAGAAUACUACUAAAACAGAAAACCCACAAAGCAAAGCUAGUCAGGCACACACACAAACACACGCAUACAAAUCAUACAAUUUGAUGACAACCAGAAUUAAAAAGGAAAAAAGAACAGGAACAGUUACAACAAGCUGGUACAUAACUCACCGACAUCGGAGCUUGUAUUUCAAGUAA